AUGCACCCCUCAGCAGCGCGUGCGUACGGUUCCUACGAGGCUCUAGUCACGGACCUCGAGGUCGAGACUGUUUAUGUUGCCUCGCCUCACUCACACCAUUUUACGCACACUCGUCUGGCCUUGAUGGCCAAUAAACACGUUCCGGUUAAGAAGGCAUUCCCCGUCAAUGCUGCACAACCUCAGGUGCUCGUAAACCUGGCGAGAGAGCGUUGGCUCUUCCUGUUGGAGGCCCUCUGGACCCGAUUCUUUCCUCUCACUCGGCAUGUGCAGCAUCUUGUUCGUGAGAGUGCUAUUGGAACAGUGCAGUGGAUCGUGGCAGAUCGAAACCUAGGUCGGAAUGUGGAGGAUCUGUAUGGCACGGAACAUCGGCUGGUGAACCCGGCCUUGGCUCGCGGCGCAUUGUUGGAUUUGGCCGUUUAUCCUCUGACCUGGGUUUUUCUCUUUCUCAGCCCCGAUCGACCUUGGGCUUCAGUUGCCCUGCGCGUGUCUGGGUCCGUCAUCAAGUACGAAGGCAUGGGAGUGGACGAGACAGUGUUAGUCGUCCUCACAUCCCCGGAGACCAAGAUGGAGGGGGUAGCGACUGAUAGUUUACGUGUAACGACAGACUCCCGGGACCUAGACGUACGCAUCUUUGAGACCAAGGGAAAAAUCGAAGUAUUAGGUCCCGCGGCACGCCCAGACAGGAUCAAGGUGACUGUGUGUGGAUCAACCAUCGAAGCUUCAACAGUCCCAUUUCCGAUCCUAGUUGGCCAUGGACUAUUCUGGGAGGCGGAUGAGUGCGCGCAUUGCUUGCGCGCUAAAAAGCGCGAAUCGACCAUCAUGCCCUGGGCGGACACUUCGUUGAUGAUGAACGUGUUCGAUCAAGUUCGUGAGCAGAAUGAAAUGCGCUACCCAGAAGAAAUUGAGUCUGUUGUAUAGUUACUGCGAAAGGUUUACUGAUAACAUGCUCGCAUUGAACUAACUGAGAUGUGAGAUGUAGCUCAUGAGUUG